GUACAAGAGAAAUUUCGUCACAAUAAUCAAUUUCUUUAUUUAGCCCCUUGGAGAUAGCUGAUUAGAGUGAACCGGGAAGAAAGAAGAAGAAGCUUUAAAUCUUGCUAAAAUCAAGAUCCAUUGCUAGUUUUCUGGGAAAAGAUCUGCUGAUGGAAUUUCCAACUAAGCUUGUUAAGAAAGCUGAUCGCACUCCAACUAAUGCUGUGAAUUUUCUCCUGAUGGAACUGGGUGACUGGUGGAACUUGUCAGAAAGUCAAGAUGAAGAUGAAAAAGAAGCACACAAACAAAUUCAUAUUCUCAAAGUAGAAUUAAGAUUGUUGAAAACGUUUCUGAUAUACGUUGGAAGUUGGAAUGAUCUUCAUAAAGAUGUUGGUCUGUUGCUGCAGUCUCUAGUCCAGGAUCUUGAAGCUGCAUUCAUGGAGGCAAGUACAGAUUUUAGAUCUCCUCCUGCGAAUGAAAUUCAAAGAAGUGUCGAGUACUUGUAUCCUGUAAUUUCUAAGUGGCAACAAAAGUUCAAGCUUUUCGGGCCACUGAUUAAAGCAGCUUAUGAUCAUGUUUCAUCCAAGCACGAGCUCUGUUCAUCUCAAUGCCAGUCUCCUUUGGUUUCUUACUCUCCCCUGAGUAAUUAUGUUCUCUGGAAUGAAUUCUCUGGCUCUCUACUGGAUAAUCUGGUAGAUCUGUCUAGAGAGGACACAUUUCAUGUGCAUAUCAAGCCGCACAUCCAAGUCAUGGCCAAGAUGAUAAGAAACCUAAGGGUCUUUAUGGCGAUAGAGCAGUGGAAUGCUAACCAACAAGAAUAUAGACACCGCUUGGCUCAUUUUGGAGCAAUACUUGUCCAAACAGCAUAUAUUUCUUAUGUGUGCUGGAUUGAUGGCUUGGAUGAAAACUUGAAAAAUGAGAUGAUUCCUAAGCUUGUUGACCUACUGAAAAAGCUAAAGCCUAAUGCUUCUCAAGUUACAAGGAUAUGCUUCAAGUUACUGGAGGAUCACAAAUACAAUUGUAGAGAGUUUGUCCGAUUUCUCAUUCCUCAGAAGAAUCAGCUUCUGACUCUUCAAAAAGGGCUCGAAUACCUAAUAAUGUUGGUCAUCCAGCCACCAUCUUUUUAUAAAGACAAUGAUGUAAAGCUGCUUUCAAUGGAUAUUAUAGAAAUGGUUAGCGAGCUUGGAUCUUUCAGUUACUUAUUUCAUGCAAAGGAAACAGUAGCAGAUCUCGCUAAGGAUGCUUAUCCUCUACUUUUUAGGUUGCUCGAAAAGAUGGAGCUUCUCAAUGCAGAGCUGUUCCUCAUCGAGUUGCUACAGCCCGGAAUAAUGGAGGAGUCUUUAGUGAAGAAACGAAUUAAUUCUUUCCAUGAUGGACUGAAUUUUUUGCAGAUUUUUCUAGGAGAUGAUGGCACGAAAAUUCCUCAGCCCAUAUGGACAAAUAUUGGAUCUCUAGCUAGGGAUGCUGGUAAUGUAUAUCUCGAAUUUCUGCGCAAGUCAGUAACCAAAGACAAGCCCACCUUUGAGCUUCUCAAGUCGCUUGAGAGGAUUAAACUUUUCAAGAUGGAGAUACUUUUGCACGAGCUUCUAAACAGUCGUCCAAAUAUGAUGGUCGAUGUGUACAAUCAAACACAAACCCUUUACAAGGGGCUGACAGUCCUCAGAACUUUUCUUAUGGGUCCACUGGAGGAGGAUGGUAAAUUGAUCUUGGCACAUGUUGAAUUAGUGGUAAGGGACGUAAUAUCAGUUUUUUGCUCAGUUGAUGCCAAUAAAGUCACAGAAGACAUGGCAACGAAUCUUGUUCUUUUGCUUCCAGAGUUGGUAGAAAAGAUUGAGCCUGUCAAUGCAGGGAUAAAAAAGAUUUAUCUAUGACAAGACGUCGAGCCUGUGCAAU